CAGGCACAGGCGCAGGCGCAGGCGCAGGAGCGGCCCACAGCGCCUUCGACCCAGCUCCCGGUACCCCCGGCUUCAGAGAUUAUCGAACGGUGCGGGUCCCGAGUCUCGUUGUCUUCACGCCUCCGCCGCGACUCAGAGGCAGAGUGACCUUGGCCGUGGUACAAAUCGACCUAGGAACCAGAUGAGCAGAGACAUCUGCGUCAACACCUGGCCAUGCUCCUAUUAUUUAGAACUUGAAAAGCGAUGGGUCCCUGGACAACUUUCAUUAACUUCUCUCUCACUAAAAUUUAUGACUGAUAAAACUAGAGAAAUUCUUGUCAGCUUUCCCCUUUCUAGUAUAACUGAGAUCAAGAAAGAGGCUUCUAACUUUAUCUUCAGUUCUCUUACCAUCCUGGAAAAGGACCACAACAAGCACUGGUUCAGUUCCUUGCAGCCUAGUCGCAAUGUCGUUUUCAGCAUCAUCGAGCAUUUUUGGAGAGAGUUGCUGUUGUCCCAGUCAGGAGCUGCUGUUGAGGCAUCAUCCUCCCCCAUGACCAAGGGGAAGGAGCUGACUGGUCUGAUGGCCUGUGCCCAGAAGCGUCUGGAAGGCACAGCCAAAGUCCUCCACCAUCAGGGCGAGCAGCUUGACAGUAUCUCAAGAGGCCUGGAAAAGAUGGAAUCUGACCUGGAUGUGGCUGACAGGUUGCUGACAGAACUGGAGUCUCCUUCUUGGUGGCCCUUUAGCUCCAAGCUUUGGAAGAUGCCAUCGAAAACAGAGCCCAAGGGGGACGUCUCAAUGGCUAGUUCCACAGCUUUUGGAAAAGAAGGGAUAGUGAUCAAAAUUCCUGCUAUUAUUUCCCAAAGAACAGAAUCUCAUGUUAAACCAGGAAGGUUCACCGUCCUUGUUUCUAGGUUGGAAAUCCACAGCUCAGAUUCUUUGCUCAUGCACAGGUUUGAAAGAGAAGAUGUAGAUGACAUCAAGGUUCACACACCUUAUGAAAUUAGCAUCCGUCAGCGAUUCAUUGGGAAGCCAGAUAUAGCUUAUCGUUUGAUAUCUGCCAAGAUGCCAGAGGUUAUCCCCGUUUUGGAAGUGCAGUUCAGCAAGAAGAUUGAAUUUUUAGAAGAUGCCUUGAUGCUCAGAAGCACUAGAGCCUCUUCCCUAGCAGAGACGGACUACUCAGUCUGGCAUGCAGCAUCUGGGCCGGUGGACCGUGCCGUGCACUGUGAACCCUCCUCAGGGAGCCAGGAAGGCAGGCCAUUUCAGCUGCAGACAAGCGAGCCGUUACUCUCCGAGGCGGACACCCAGGAACUGAGACAGAUCCUAAGGAAGCUAAAAGGUCUUGCGUUGGAUACUGAAACGGAGCUGGAGAGACAGGAUGAGGCCUUGGAUGGCAUCACUGCAGCUGUGGACCGGACAACCUUAAUCAUUGACAAGCAUAACCGACGAAUGAAAAAACUGACCUAGAAGGCCAAGAAAGCAUAGCGGUAACUGCUUUUGAUGAGAAUCACUUCUCUGAGUACGUUGUUCUCAACUCCUGCAUGCUUCCUUUGAGAUGAAGACCCUAGGAAGUCAUUCCAAGCACCCUGCCCCAGGAGGUGCACAGCUGCCUCAGGAUGAAGGGCUGCUGUGAAAGCUGGGAGCAGCUUAGCUUAAGGUGAUUGUGGCUGAAGGUGCAGCUACAGGAGAGGAGUUCUGCCUGCAAGUACAGUGAGCUGCUUCCCCCCAGGGCCCUCUUGGGCUGCUUGGGGAGUCAGGAGCACACACGCCUUCCAACACAGGCUGAGCCCUGUUGAGGCGGCCAUGACAGCAAGGUGGCUCUUUGUUCUGAGGCUACACCCUGAACUUGGGCCACUUUGCAUGGCCACAGUCCCAGGGCUGCAGUGGCACAACAGUUUUCAUCCUUUCUCCAUUCUUGAUAAGCAUGGAUGAUGUAAGUGUCUAUGAAAUUAAUCUACUUAUUUCUAGCCCUCUGCUUGUCUGAACACUGUGGGCAUAUCCUGUGUCAGCAAAAUGUCUUCUCCAGGAUCACAUUCAGGCCUGAGCCUGUCUCUCCUACAUGGGCAGCUCAGCACAGACCCCACAACCUUCAUUUUGUUCCAUUUUUCUCUGGUGGACAGGUCAAUUUCUUUUUGGUUGUAUUGUAAUUUCUAGCCAAAGCUAAGAGUCUAGUACAUGUUGAUGUCAUCCUGUAAACACCUGAAAUAUUCUUUCACUGUUCAGUUUUUAGUCAAACAUGAAAAUAGUGCAUAAUGAACCUAUUUUAAAAAGUGUUAACUUUGUUUUUCUGUCCUUUUUCUAUCCAGAAACAAAAGAGAAAUGCUAGUUUUAGAAUAUUUUUUUGAAGCUAUGCAUUGAUGCUGCUUUUUGCUUGGUUUGGGGUGUCUUAAUGUGUCCCUGGGAGAGCCUGUCAUGGAAAGAUGAGGGGAAGGUAGAGAAGUGGGUGACCUCCUCCCAUUCUCACCACACGCCACCUCCAGACUGCUUUGAAACAGCAUCCCAAAGAACCUUGCACAGAGAGGCGCAUUUAGACCUUGUAGAGAUGUUACUUUGAAGUGCCUUUCCUGUAGUCCUCCUGGGAUGGCGCUCGCAAGCCCUUUGCUGCCCUCCUGCACCACUCCACUUGCAUUCUAAGUCCUAGAUGGUUUUAAGAAUUAAUUCACAGAUGUAGUGUUAGUGUUCUGGGGCUGCUCUAACAAAGUACCACAAACAGGAGGCUUACAACAAUAGGAAUGCACUUCUGGAGGCCAGAAGUCCAGGAUCGAGGUGUGGACAGGCUGUGCUCCUUCUGGAGACUCUAAAAGAGGAUCAUUCCUGCCACUUCUAGUUGCUGGUACCUCCAGGUAUCCCUGGGCUUGUGGCCACAUCACCCUAAACUCUGCCUCCAUUGUCAUAUGGCCAUCUUCCCUUGUUUCUGUGUCUCAGAUCUCCCUCUCCUUUCUCUUAUAAGGAUCCAUCUCAACCAAGGUCUUCUCAUCUUGAGAUCCUUACCUUGAUGAUAUCUACAAAGACCCCGUUUCCAGAUAAGGUCACAUUCUGAGGUUCCCAGUGAGCAUGAAUUUUGGGUCACCUAGGGAUGCCCAGCCUUGUGGCAGCUGACCCAUUCCAAAAAGACAUGGAAAGUAGCACUUCUAGAAAGUAACAUUCAUAAAGGUCUCUUAAUUCUUUUCUUUUUUUCAAUUUGGUAAAUUAUAUUCCUAGUCUCUGUUUGUCUUGGUUUGUAUUUACUAAGCUCCAAAAUGAGACGUGGGCCUGUUCUUUCAAGGUUUCUCUAAUGCAGGCAUGUGAGCUGUUGCUCUCGACCUUUCCUGGCACAUCAAGUGAUGGAGCUCUCAGAGCUCAUGCCCAUUCCAGAGGGUCUGAACCCCAUGCAGCCCCUUCUCCUUGUGCUUGAUGCCGGGAAGGUUGGGGAGGGUGCAGCGGAUGUGAAGGCGUGUCAACAAGGACGGUUAUAGAGAGCUCGUGCCUAGAGACAGCGGCAUCACGUUCCCAUGGAACCUGGAGGAAUGCUGGAGGAAAGGCAGCUCAUGCCCUGGGCAUGGGGCACCUGCAGGUGGGUGGGCUGUGCCAGAUGCUGUAGCUUCUCACAGCAGCCCUGAGAGUGGGUUCCCCUGAGGUAGAGUACGUGGUUCUCACCAGGGCCACAUGCUGGGCUCGUGCCAAGGACUCAGAAAAUACGCACACAGAUGCACACAUGCGUGCACUGACCCCAGGCUCCUCAGUCAGUCUCUGAGGGUGUACACAUUACCCAGAUGUUUCUAAUGAGCAGGAGGGGAAGAUCCACAGGCCAGAUGACUUACUGCCAUCAGACCUGCUCUCUCUCCAUCUAGCUCUGGGGGGCCCUGAAAGGAAAACGAGUCUGUCCCACUCAUGGUGCUGCUCUGAUUCCAGGUGGGCACUGCUCUGGAGUUCCCAGCUCAGCCUCCUGCUUGUCCUGAAAGCAGAUGCCACCCAGCACUCAUGUGGCAUCAGGGCCACACACACCUCGGCUGCUAACAGCCUCUGGAAAGCCGGGGGCCAGGCCCUGAGCGCUCCUAGACCAUCACCUGGGGAUGCAUAAACCCCAGACACUGGCCAUGAAUGUGUGUGGCACAGAAGACAUUGUACUGUUAGAGGCUUAUUCUGCAGGCCUUUUCUCUUCCAUGAAUAGUUAAAUUGACAGAGACUAUGGUCUGUUUAUGUGGAGACUUAAGAGUGUAAAAAAAAAAAGCUAUCAAGGGACAUUUUAUGCAAUGUUUUUUACACCUUGGCCCCAGAGUUCACUUUUUUAACCAUAACCCCUUCCAGUAGCAGAAAGUCCAUGUGCCAAGCUGUUAGUCACCGAGGCUGGAACAAAAUUGCCAAGAACCCUGUAUAACCAAGCACUAACUCCCACAACAUGCCGAUCCCCACCCCAGGCGCACUAAUUCCACCUCCCACUGCUCCCUCAACUUAUGGUGCCUCCACAUUUUAGACAUGGGAAGGACAUGAGGGGAAACAGAUCUUGUGGUGCUCCUAGAGGCAGUACCAGGGGAAGGAGAGGAGCAGGUAGGCUGGUGAUCUCUCCUGCCAUCCUCAGGCAGCCCAGGUAGUAAGUACCAUGACGGCUAGAACCAAGUGGAUCCCAUCAAGUGAGUAGACCCUCCGGAAAGUGGCAGGAAGGGCACCCUGAGCCUGUUAUCAUCACCAUCACUGGUGUUUGGAUCAGGACCUAUUGUGUCUCUUGUUUUUUUCCUUUCCCCAUGUGGAGUUUGUCCUCUGACGCUGACACUGGGUUUGUGUGCGGGGUCGAGCUCACCCAUGUGAGUACCAAAAUCUAUUUGCCUUUUAACCUGCGACUGAGGGAAUGGAUUAUGUUAGUUUGUUGUCACCCCAUAAGGUGUUUGCACUUCCUAAAACAGUGCUUUGAGCUCAGUUUUACACUUAAUAAAGGUGGGCAGAAUAAAAGACCCACAUCUAAUGCAACUGUGAUACCAAUUUUGAGCUGAAAUGAAACUGCUUUGACAUUUCAUCAAAAAUGGCUGAUUCUUUUUUUUGUUUAGGGCAGAGGUCAGCAGACUUUUUCUGUAAAAGGCCAUGUAGAAAAUACUUCAUCUUUCAAGCCAUAUGGUGUCUGUUGGGAACAAAUGGCCAUGCUAUGUUCCAAUAAAACUACCUGUGAGAUUAGAAUUUCA